CGUCCCUCUACAAUCGAUGCAACCAUUGCUCAAUAGUUGUGAAUACCGAGCUAAGGGCAUUGAUCAAAGUUGACAAGUAAAAUACCCCAAAAUGUUGAUAUCCCGAGGGGUCGGAGUAAUAAAAAAUGUCACAGCACUCGUUUCACGAACGAAAGCACCGAUGAAGACUCAAGUACGCCACUCAGGUGGACCUGCCAUGUAUCGUGACAUCUGGGAGCCAAACAAAUAUGAUAAAUACAUGGCUGAGUUUGUCGGUGGAGUCAUGUGGUGGUGGAUCCUUUGGCAUAUGUGGCACGAUUUUGGACACAUUGUGGGUGAAUUCGACUACCCAGAGCCGGAAAAGUGGACCGAUGAAGAGCUGGGAAUCCCCCCGGAUGAUGCUGAUGUCUAAAUAAUUGUGAUUACGAACGUGUUGUAGAUAAGAAAGUGAAAAUGCCUCUCCUAGAUAAAGUGUAAUUAUUACAAAAUAUUAUUAAUUAAACUGUCCCUCCUUCAA